UACCGUAACUAAGAACGGACCAGACGGAAGAUCUGCAGCUAUGGCGGCGUCUGAAAACAAUGUGGAUCUAAAACGCAAAGCAGAGGAUAUCCAGGAAGGCGAUGGGGAUGGAGAAGAUGCAGAAUGGGUCGGACCCAUGCCGAGCGAAGCCACGAAGACCAAGAAAAGAAAAGUACUCGAGUACGAACGUGUGUAUCUGGACAACCUCCCGUCGGCUGCAAUGUAUGAACGCAGCUACAUGCACAGAGACGUUAUCUCUCACAUAGUUUGCUCCAAGACAGACUUCAUCAUCACAGCCAGCCAGGACGGACACGUCAAAUUUUGGAAGAAGAAGGAGGACGAGGGAAUCGAGUUCGUGAAACACUUUCGAAGUCACCUUGGUGUGAUAGAAAGCAUAGCGGUCAGCGCUGAAGGAGCCCUUCUCUGUUCUGUGGGUGACGAUCAGGCAAUGAAAGUGUUCGAUGUCGUCAACUUUGACAUGAUCAAUAUGCUGAAGCUGGGUUUCCAUCCGGGUCAGAGCGAGUGGAUCUAUAACCCCGGUGACGCCAUCUCCACCGUGGCCUGUUCGGAAAAGUCCACGGGGAAGAUCUUCGUGUACGACGGGAGGGGGAGCAACGAGCCACUGCACGUCUUCGAUAAGAUGCACUCCUCCCCCCUGUCCCAGAUCCGCCUCAACCCCAGGUUCCGAGUCAUCGUGUCGGCGGACAAAGCCGGGAUGCUGGAGUACUGGACGGGCCUCCCCAGCGAGUUCAAGUUCCCCAGACACGUGGACUGGGAGUACAAGACGGACACGGACCUGUACGAGUUCGCCAAGCACAAAACCUACCCCACCAGCCUGGCCUUCUCCCCCGACGGGAGGAAGAUGGCCACCAUCGCCUCGGACCGGAAGGUCCGGAUCUUCCGCUUCCUGACGGGGAAACUGAUGAGAGUGUUCGACGAGUCGCUGACGAUGUUCACGGAGCUGCAGCAGAUGAGGCAGCAGCUUCCUGACAUGGAGUUCGGGAGGAGGAUGGCGGUGGAGCGGGAGCUGGAGAAGGUGGACGGCAUCAGACUCACCAACAUCAUCUUUGACGAGACGGGACAUUUCGUCCUGUACGGGACGAUGCUCGGCAUCAAGGUCAUCAACGUGGAGACCAACAGAUGUGUCCGUAUCCUGGGGAAACUGGAGAACAUCCGCGUGGUCCAGCUGAGCCUGUUCCAGGGCGUCGCUAAGGCCAUGCAGGUGGCUCCCACCGUGGAGAUGAAGGCCUCCGACAACCCGGCCCUGGAGAACGUGGAGCCCGACCCGACCAUCUUCUGCACCGCGUUCAAGAAGAACCGCUUCUACAUGUUCUCAAAGAGGGAACCGGAGGACACGAAGAGCGCCGACUCGGACAGAGACAUCUUCAACGAGAAGCCGUCCAAGGAGGAGGUGAUGGCCGCCACGCAGGCCGAGGGCCCCAAGAGAGUGUCCGACAGCGCCAUCAUCCACACCACCAUGGGAGACAUCCACAUCAAGCUCUUCCCCGUAGAAUGCCCGAAGACGGUGGAGAACUUCUGCGUCCACAGCAGGAACGGAUACUACAACAGCCACAUAUUCCACAGAGUGAUUAAGGGUUUCAUGAUCCAGACCGGAGACCCGACGGGGACGGGGAUGGGAGGAGAGAGCAUCUGGGGCGGAGAGUUCGAGGACGAGUUCCACGCGACGCUGAGACACGACCGACCGUACACGCUGAGUAUGGCCAACGGGGGCCCGGCCACCAACGGCUCCCAGUUCUUCAUCACCGUGGUCCCCACGCCGUGGCUCGAUAACAAACACACGGUGUUCGGGAGGUGCACUAAAGGCAUGGAGGUGGUGCAGAGGAUCUCCAACAUGAAAGUCAACCCCAAGACGGACAAACCGUACGAGGACAUCAGCAUCAUCAACAUCACCGUCAAGUGAUCGCACGUCUCCCUCGGCUCCCGGACAGUCCUCCUCCUCCUCCUCCUCCUCCUCCUCCUCCACUUCCUCCUCCUCCAGAGCAUCAUCGGCAUCAGCACAGACACGAAUUAGGUCAAUUAGUUUAUUAUACAGCAUCACAUUAUAUAGAAUUUACAAAAAGCCAAUAUCAAGUCCACCAAAGGUAACAAAGGGCUCUGAAUGUGCUUUCAAAAAGGAGGAACGGAUGGUUUUCACAAACUAUGUGGGAGGAUUUUCACACGUGCAGUUUUUUCCUUUUGUUUUUUUUUUUGUUUUUUAUACAUAGAUACAAAUAUUAAACAUUACAUAGCAAUGAAUAAAGAUCAACUCAAAUGAUGGUUCCUGGACAACGA